CUGCUUCUGUUGACUGCCUACAGUUCACUUUAGGUCCGGGUCAGAUACCCUCUCUCUCUCUCAACCUUUCAGUCCAUCCACCUGACUGCUUCCUUUGUCAGCGCAGCCAUGAGGACCACCGUGGUCGCUGCUGUCAUGGUGAUGUGUGUGAUGAUGGUACAUGCAGACGUGAAGCAACAGAGAGAUUUCAACCUGCAGAGGUUUGCAGGGAAAUGGUACCGAGUGGGCCUGGCCUAUGACUCUCCAAGUUUUGUCCCCUACAGAGACAAAGUGAAGAUCUCUAUGGGCAUCAUAACAGUACUGCAAAAUGGCAAUGUUAACCUCACCAUGUGGGACGCCACACCUUUAGGUUGUCAGAUUAAUGUCUACCAGUAUGAGAAGACCAGCGUGCCUGGACAGUUCACCUACUUCAGCACACGCCAUAACAUGGUGAAGGACAUCACAGUGGUGGAAACGAACUACACUGAUUACGCUUUGGUUCUGAAACACAAGGUUUUUAACAGAGAGUACACGCAAGUGGCGCUUUACGGUCGCUCUCAAAGUGUCAGAAUUAAUGUGAUUCAGAAGUUUAAAGCCCUUGCCUUGUCCCAGGGUUUCUCUAGGGAUUCUAUUCUAACUCCGCCUCCUGCAGAAAAUUGCCCACCAUCAGGAUCUGGACGUUAGGCUUUCUGAUGUACCUGAGAUGAAGAUGGCACCUUAUUGUCCUGACUUUAUCCCCCAGCAUUUACUAUGAAGAACUAAACUAAAAACUUUCUCUCAGCAAACAUCAUCAUUCUGAUGAUUAUGCUGAUAAAAUAUACUCUUCAUCCUCUAUUAUGUUGUUUUUGUCCAUGGUGUGUGCUCCUGUGCUGUCAUAGCUAAACAAUAUAACAACAAUAUAUACGUAAAUUUUUUUAUAUAAAAUCUUUUUGAGUUCUAAAUAUUCCUGUGAGCCUCCUGAAUAUAAUCAGUUUUAAUUGUGUUGACACACUUAAAUAAACAAUAUUAACCUCCAGA